UCAGGGCUGUGGAAAUAGCAGUUGUGAAUUUGUAUCAUCGAAUCAUGGCCAAAUCAAGAGACCAUGUUGAAUAUUUCCUGGAGGAGUUCAGGGAGCACAUAACUGCUUAUGUGACAUCACCUGGAGCCACCGCAGAGGCCUUGAUCUCACAGCAGCACAUGCCCAUCCCUGAAGAUGUGACACCUGAGGAACAGAAGAGGGUGCUGUUUCACACUGUGCAGGAAGUAACUUCACAGUCCAAAGAUAGUCUCAACCAGAUACUCACACAUGAGGAACAUGAGCUUUCAACUGAUUUAGAGCAAAGCCAACAGAAUAGCUCAAACAUCAAGCAAUUAGAAGACAAAUCAACACAAGUCAACAUGACAACCAAUUGGGAGACCAUUCAAAGGCAAAGACCACUGCCUUAUCAACUGAUGGAAGAGAUUGAACAACAUUGGGAAAGAGAAAGAAACAAAAUAAGAUACCUUAAGACAAAGACAGAACAACAACAGAAGGACAUUGACAGACUGACUGCUGAAAAACAUGAUCAGUACUUGGUAAUAAAAGCAUUGAGAGUAAAGGUGGAAGAUGUAAUUGAGAAAAAUGAAGCCACUCAAGAAAAAAUGCAGCAUCUGAAAUUGCAAGCCGAGAUAUACCAAGAGAGGGAAACUCUGGACAGAAGACGUAAUGAGAUCAUCAAUAAGCAAUGCAAGUUUGAAAUGAUCAAGUAUGAUGAGUCAAAAAAAUACAGUAAGGAAGUCCAGGAGAUAAUGGACAGUCUGCUAAGUGCAAUGAACUUAAACAAGAAAAUAAUUAUUACAGCGAAACAGGCAAAGGAACAAACUGAGAAAAACUUAGAGGAUGUAAAGGAAGAGUUAGAGAGAAAUAAAAAGUAUAUAUCUCAACAUAGAGAUCAAAUUGAGCACAUCAAACAUAGUUUGAGUAUCAAUAUCAACAAGGUGAAGCAAAGGUGGAUAGAGUUUCAAAGAGAUACUGAAAUACAGAACGUGACAGUUACAAAGACAGAAAGGAGAGAAGGACAGGAAGAAGGAACAGACACAUUUGAAAGUGUGAAGGAAAAACUCAGCAGAAUCCGACAAGAGAUGGAAAAAGUUUGGGAUGUCUUGGUAGACAGUAAACAACUGGAAGUGACUGUGAGAGAUAAGCAGGAGGUACAUACACAGAGCAUUCAAAUGGAAAACAUGAAAUCUAACUCUCAAAAGCUAAGACAAGACCCAGAUACACACAUGAGAGUAACACACUGUGAAACUGUGAUUAAGACUGACAUGCAGAGGCAAAAGCAAGACAUAGAUAACAAGCUGGCACAGAUUCAGUGGGAAAGACAUGAGAUAGAAAGAAUCAACACUAGAAUACAGGCAGAGAGAGAAAAUAUAGAGAGAGAGAAGCAUUUGGCUAAAGCAGAAAUGGAUGCACUGAGAAGUAUGAGGGAGAGUAAUGAAAAGCAAAGACAGGAACUGGAUGACAAGUUACAAAGGACAAAGAAAGAAAUAAGAGAGUUGGAAGCAUUGAACUCUGAGAUUGAAAUAAAAAAAAAAGACCUGGUAAGAAUGAUAAGAAUGAGCAGAAGAAAAAAACAGAUUAGCAAGAUGAAGAAAGAAACAGAACAUGCAACACAAGACUUAGAGGACAGAAAGAAUGUGAUGGUAGGACACAGGUCAGAGCAGGGGCUGGAGGUGAACAUAGAGAACACGCUUAAAGAGAGUAUAACAAAACUUCAACAGGUAGAUGUCAUAAAACAUAAAGGAAAUCAGGUUGAAGAGGACAACAAGGAGAUGAGCACAAAGAACAAAGAGAAUGGCAUGCAGAGAAUGAUUUUUGAAGUACAAGAAACAAAGAUGUUGUGUUUGAUGAGAGAAGAUACAGAGAGAAGGAAGAGAAACUUUACAGAGGAAAUCAAAUGGAGGAAUUUUGAAGAGAAAAAAAAGAAGAAGAAGAUGGAACAAUUGCUCGAGAAGAUCAUAAAAGAGAGGGAUGAGUUAGAAAUCAUUAAGCUACAGAUACAGCGACAAAGAGAAGAGGUUGAACGAAAACUUCAAGAUACAAUAACUACAAUUCUGGCUAUGGGUGAAAUGAAAGCUUAUAUAGAAAAAGCUGUGACAGAGAUUAACAACAUGCAACAAGAAAUGCUUAAAACCCAUAGACAGAUGGAAGAGGACAAGGAAGAUGUCAGAAAAUACAUGGUAAGUAAAUUUUUCUUUGUAAUGUUGCCUCAGAUUGUAAAAGUUUUUUUUCCCAGCAGACACUUUGUCAUGUCAUAGCAGGAAAAGCACAGGUCUAUAGAAUAAACUGAGACACUGCUGCUUUCUUUUUAACUUCACCAGUUACAAGGUACAGUUCUGUGAUGCUUAAAUGCCUGUGUCGUCAUUGUAAUCAGUGACACCAGUGCUUCCUCUGCUAUGUGUGUCUGUUGUGAAAAAGGCCUACUUCAUAGCUUACCAUAAAACUCAUCUGGUAUUUAUUUGCUUUAUUAGCAGAACAUGUACACCUGCUCAUUCAUAAAAUGAUUCGCUCAGCCUAUCAUGUGGCAGCAGCAGUCGUCUAAACCUAUUUAAAUGUUUAAAUAAAUGUUAAGAUUCCAAUCCAUAGCACUUUACAUCUGGAAUUAAUGUCUUUCCUUUGCUGCCCACCACACAAACACAUAUAG